AUGUCAACUAUUAAAGAUGGUGUCUACGCUCUCGAGCUCCCUUUUGAACAGGGAUCCAUGACUGAUACUGGCGAUGGCCGUUGGAUCAGCAUUCUCCAGCCAGGCUCUCUUGGCCCGGAUGCCCACAAGGUCAAAGUAGUUUACAACAAAGACAAAGGCGCAUACACUCUCCAGUUCGAAAAAUCCGAGCUUUAUAUCACGUUCGAAGGCAAACCCAUGAUCAAUAACAAGUUGACUCCUGGUGAUAAGCCUCGCUACUUCCAGAUUAAGCCUCACCAGUACGAGGAAGACAAGUAUAUCAUCAUCGUGGCCGAAGACAAGAAGUUCCACAUCGGUCUUGCAAUGGAAAGAAUUUUCCCUCCAUGGGUUGCUAUGAACGACUUUCCUGAAAAACAAGCAUGGUUGUUCCGCAAGGUCUAA